AUGUCUAGGAGAGACUAUUCUAAGCACUCAAAGCGUUUUGAUCAGGAUAAAGACGAAGAGGAACUUGAUUAUGGCGAAAUCGACGAUGAUAUUAAUGAUCAAUCUCCUCGAGAGGAGGGUGAAGCUAUUUCCGAAGAUGGCGAAGCCUCAAGUGAUAAUACAAAUUCCUUAGAAACAGAAUUACAGGAACGCGAAUAUCGUCAACGUUUGGCUCAAAGAAAAGUUGAAAGAGAAGCUGAGGCAUCGCAAACUGUUCAGCUUCCUCCGCGAUCCAAGUUUGACUCGCCUGAACAUUCUGACGUAAUUCACAAUCCUUCCAGCACUGCUCCCUUGCUCAAUCCUUCCACUUCGCCAAACAAUAGUGGCGAAAGCAGUUCAGACACGCAUUCACGAAAACGAGGCCACGAACAUAUAACUGAUAAUGAUAAAUUACCUCCGAAAAUUCCAGCUUCAUCACGUCAUGUUGGGACACGCCAUCGCCAUCAUCACCGGUCUCAUCAAAGUAAAUCAGAUAAACGUGAAGGUGGUUCUGAUCCUCACGACAACUCGUUAUUAUCGUCUCAUCUAUUGCACAGUCCUGCGAAGAAGAGCAAAACCACUGAUACUACUCCAGUUGUACCUGGCGGAGCUUUUAAUGCCCGCUUGCCUCCAGGUCGGGCCCCAGUAAUCGAUGGGAGUCGUUUUAAAUAUUUAGAGGAGUCUGAAGAAGAUGAUGAUGAUUAUGUAGCUAUUGAAAAGGAAGUAUAUGGAGGUGAAGAUGGAGAUUUACUUCGAGCAAAUGGAAUUGAAAUCCAAGGCCAGGGAGAUGCAGAUAUUCCCUCUGAGCAUGAGCGACCUCCUGUAAAACCUUUCUAUUUUCCCUCGAUUCAAGGCUGUCGUUCUGUUGAUGAGUUUGAAUGUCUUAAUCGAAUUGAAGAGGGGACUUAUGGUGUUGUGUACAGAGCGAGGGAUAAAAAGACUAAUGAAGUGUUCGCAUUGAAGCGGUUGAAAAUGGAGAAAGAAAGGGAAGGUUUUCCGAUUACAUCAUUGAGAGAAAUUAACACCCUCAUGAAAGCACAGCAUGAAAAUAUCGUCACCGUGAGAGAAGUUGUUGUGGGAUUUGACUUGGAUAAAAUUUACCUUGUCAUGGAGUACGUGGAACAUGAUCUCAAGUCGCUUAUGGAAGUAAUGAGUGGUCCGUUUACUGUUGGACAGGUUAAAUGCUUGCUCAUUCAAUUGCUUCGAGCUGUGCAACAUCUUCAUGACAACUGGAUUCUACAUAGAGAUUUGAAAACAUCAAAUCUUCUCCUUAGUCACAAAGGGAUUCUUAAAGUUGGAGACUUUGGUCUAGCUAGGGAGUAUGGUUCCCCUCUUCAGCAUUACACCGAGGUCGUUGUCACGCUUUGGUAUCGAGCUAUUGAAUUACUUCUUGGAAGUAAGUCUUACUCCACUGCAAUCGAUAUGUGGUCAGUGGGUUGUAUCUUCGCAGAGUUUCUCCUCCAGCGUCCUCUAUUCCCUGGCAAAGGCGAGGUGGAUCAGGUCAAUAUGAUCUUCCGUGACCUUGGUACACCCAACGAACGCAUUUGGCCAGGUGUAUCUAAACUACCUGGAAUGAAGAACACCAUGUUCACUGAAUACCCAUACAAUCAGUUACGUCGUCGCUUCACAGAAAGGCAAAUAUCUACCAGCGGAUUUGAACUUCUUACUAGUCUCCUGACUUAUUGUCCCGAGCGUCGGCUAACAGCAGAGAAAGCCCUCACCCAUCGUUAUUUCACCGAACGUCCUCAGGCCAUCGAUCCAUCCAUGAUGCCCAGCUGGCCAGCCAAAUCAGAAGGUUGUGGUCGGCCAUCCACAGCAGCGGGAUCUAAGCGUCCAACGUCUCCCAAACCUCCACCAGGAGCCACUGGAGCCCUACAAGAACCCCCGCCACCCCUCGGUGCCUCGCGUUUUUUUGCAAUCUCUGGCGCUUCGAAAAGAACUCCCUCGAAGUUUGGCACCUCCGGUGCUGGAAGUGGAGCGAGGGGUUCGGGUCCGGAUCAUGGAUUUCUUUUGAGAUUCUAA